AAAGCCAAAAGAGAAAGAAAAUCUUAAAAACUCAAACAAACAAAAAAAUUAACGAAAGAAAAGUUGAUUAAUUAACUUCUUCUUCUUCCUCUUUGAAAUGGCGACGAGCAAAUGCUACUAUCCACGGGUAAGCCACCGUUUCUUCUCCACCGAACAAAACGUCACUUCCGCUUCCGAUUUCGAGCUCGACGAGUGGGAUCUUUACAAUACCGGUUCAGAUUCUGCUCCCGGUUUCAGUUUUUCUGACCUUACAAUUAACUCAAGUCGAACCGGAGUUAACCGGAAAAGUCUUGGUGGUUCGGUUUCGGAGACAUUUUCCGGUUCAGCUGCGUCUUCGGUUCCGGUCAACGUCCCGGAUUGGUCGAAGAUCCUCGGAGAAGAGAGUCGACGUAGGCAAGUUUCGAACGAGGAAGUCGACGGUGACGAGAUUGCUUCAUGCGGCGGAGGAACACGGCGGAUUCCGCCGCAUGAAUUGCUUGCUAGUCGGAGGAUGGCGUCGUUUUCGGUUCACGAAGGUGCUGGGAGGACUUUGAAAGGGAGAGAUCUGAGUAGGGUGCGAAAUACUAUUUUUAAAAUUAGAGGGAUCGAAGACUAAAUGUUUUUUUAUUAAAUUGAAAAUACGAGGGCUUGAAUCAAAAUUUUAAGGGGUUGUUUUUUAUUUAUUUUUUAGUUUCUGGAUUCACAUUUCCAGUUUAUAUUUCCUUCUUUUUCUUUUAUUGUUGCGGCUACGAAUUUGGACAAGUAGUGAUUAUUAUAAAAGAGAGUGUUAAUUAAAGAUUGUAUUGAAAUUUUGGGACACCAAAUAAGAAAAUUGACUCGGUAUUUCUUUUAAUAA